GAAAACAUCUGAAAACAUCGGAAGAUGUGCUGCAAUGAAGGCUGAUAUCGUGCCAAGUCUCUCACCGAUGCCCUGUUGCGUGCGGCAUGAACAUGGUAUCGUCUUGGUACAUCUUCAUCCGGGGUACAUCCGAUAUGCAUGGGAAUAGUUUCUCCGUUGGAUCCUUGUAUAGGCUAUCAAAAGUGACAUCUAGGAUGGAUGAAUGGUGGGAUGGUCGUGUAUCUUACGACUGGUUCAAAUUCUUCCAUUGAAAGAGUACCAAUCAAGUACUGGGAUUUAUCUUCAAGGUGUACAAGCUCUGGGUGUUUGGUCGGCAAGUCAUUCACAUUUAGCAAAAAGGGAAUUGUUCAAGGACCUCAACUUGCUGUAGGGAUGAUUUGAUCUAAGUAGUGGAUAAUCUUCCUGUAUGAUUCUACACCUGGCACUCUCAUUCAAAUUGUUGCCUCCCAUCUUUAAAAAAGCAUAAUUGGCAAAUCAUUUGUCUCGAUGAAAAUUAUACUGCAGGUGCCAAGGUUUUCCAAAAUAGCAUAAGUUCACCGAAUCUGUCAAUCAUGUCUCCCUUUUCGAUUGAAAGAAUUAAGUUGCCGUUUUGGAAAUUGGAGACUACUUUCAAGAGUACUACAAGAUGUGGCUGCAAAAUUCUCGUUCUUUGCUGGCCGUUCUGUCCACAAGCAUCCUGCUUCCCUCAUCAGUCCUGGGAAUCAAUUCUACUUCACCCACUGUGACCGUCACCAAUGGUUCAUAUAUUGGAAAAUAUGUUCCUGAAUGGCAGCAAGACCAGUUUCUGGGGAUACCCUAUGCUAUUCCACCCUUGGGAGACCUCAGAUUUGCUAGACCAAAGUCCUUGAACACUUCGUUCACUGGAUAUCGUGAUGCAACACAUUAUGGUCAUAGUUGUUACCAAUAUGGCACAAAGUUCAAUCUUUCUGAGGACUGUCUCACUCUCAAUGUGAUAAGGCCAGCGGGGACCACACCUGACAGUAAUUUGCCUGUCUUGAUUUGGAUAUUUGGCGGUGGAUUCUAUACUGGAGCGACAGCAGAUCCCCAGUACAAUCUUUCUGGUAUCACGCAUGUCGGACAGCAAACUGGGCAACCUAUUAUUACAGUAUCUAUGGACUAUCGCCUUGGAGUGUGGGGCUUUCUCCAAACACCUCAAGUCCUUGCUGAAGGAAGCUCUAAUGCUGGGCUACUUGAUCAAAGAUUGGCAUUGAGAUGGAUAAAGGAGAACAUCGCAUCUUUUGGCGGAAACCCGGAAAAGAUUACGGUCUGGGGAGAAUCCGCUGGCGGUCAAAGCAUUAGUUAUCACUUGUACUCUUACGACGGCAGAGAUGACAACCUAUUUCAAGCAGCAAUAAUCGAAUCUGGAAGUCCUACUGGGGCUAGUCUGAAUCCUCUCGGUUAUUAUACGGUGCCAACCGAAAAUCUAACUCGAGCCACCGGCUGUUGGACAUCAACAGACAAACUCGCUUGUUUACGAAGUCUGACUUCAGAUCAGCUAUGGAAAGCCCAAGUCAGCCAACAAUGGAAUCCCAUGGUCGAUGGAGAUUUUCUAACUGACUACCCCAGUAGUCUCACGCCUCAAGGAAAGUUUAUCAAAGUCCCUCUCCUAAUUGGAGCGAACAGCGACGAAGGAGCUAGUUUCGGUGUUUCCGGAUUAGAUAACGAGACAGCUAUCUUCAACAAUCUACUCGUCUACCGGGCUUCGAACGCGUAUGCUCUAUCACCCCCAACUGCUAGAAAGUUGCUUGAGCUGUAUCCUAAUGACCCUGCAAAUGAACCUCCAUACUACAUUACCAAUGCGACAAUCUUCCCGUCCAAGGGGUUACAAUGGAGACGUAGUGCCGCUAUCGCAGGAGAUCUAGUUAUGAUAUCCGGUCGUCGAAAGCUGUGUGAAGUCUAUGCCGCGGCUUCUCAAUCAGUAUAUAGCUAUCGCUUCGAUACAUUUCUCUGGAAUGCUGCGGUCACCGAUGGCGUAAAGCAUUUCGUAAAUGUCGUCUUUUCCUUUCAAAAUAUCUCCGGCGCUCUGGGUCCCCUCCCCCAAUACCAGUCCUAUCUCGAUUUAUCACAAAAUAUUGGCAAAGCCUAUAUUUCAUUUGUGAACUAUCAUGACCCAAACGCUCUUUCCAAUAGCUCGUUAUCCACGAUCUCAAACAGUACGUCAACUACUGGCACAAACCUUCCACAUUGGCCACUUUAUAAUAAAGAUACGCCAAAAAAUAUGGUUCUAAACAGCAACAAGACAUUUGUAGAGGAUGACACAUGGAGAAAGGAGGGGAUCGACUUUAUCAACUGGGGUGGUGUGGAUAGAGAGUUGUGGUCUUGAAGAUGCAUGAGGAUGAAAGUAAAGUCAGUGGGAGGGUAGAGGAAUCAAGAGAAAAUACGAGCGAAAUGAAAGAGAGGAUUUGAGAUCAGCAUUUCAAGGCUUAGAUGAAUUAGGAAAUAAUGGAAAUUUAUGAUAACGAGAUAGGGUUAAUGGAAAUUAUUCGCGAGAUCGAGGACUA